CCCCUCCCCUCCAUCCCAUCCCCCAGUCAUCCCUUCAGGCAGAGUACAGAGUAGCCAGCCAGACAAACCUGCUUCUUGAGGAAAGUUAGCAGACAGAUACUCCUGCUGCACUUCCUCUGCAUCAAGGCAGGCCUGUUGUGCCCCCUGCUGGUCAACAUGAGAAACUACAGUUUGAAUUCUCCACAUGAUUGAAACCUGCUCACCUGUUCACAGCGUUCAGAAAGCGUGACGACCUGUCCUCCCUCCCUCGCCUCUGUCAUGUCCAGUUUCCACCUGCUGCCGGCUGCAUGUUGACGACUGUCAGCAGGUAAACAGACGGAAACACAGGAGCAGCAGCUGCAGAAAGCUGUUGGAGUCAUGAGGAAGUUCACGUUCUUCCUCCUCCUCCUGCUGGCGGCGGUGGUGACAGAGGUGUCCUCCAGGUUUCGCUCAUGUGAGCUGGGCUGCGACUGUCGAGGAGACCUGAAGUUCACCAUCUGCUCCCGGGCUCAGUUCACUCAGCUGCCCAGCCGGGUCUCCCCCAGCACUGAGCUCCUCGACCUCUCCGACAACCACAUCUCCAUCAUCCCUGAGCGCUCCUUCAGCAAGAACCGCAAACUCCGAGUCCUCCUGCUGCAGAACAACAACAUCAGCGUGGUGGAGGACGGCGCCUUCUCUCAGCUGGAGUUCCUGCAGAAGCUGGACCUGAGUUGGAACCAGAUCACCACCCUGACCGAGGGUUUCUCCGCCGGCCUGUCUCUGCUGCGGGAGCUGCAGCUCGCCCACAACCGCCUGACGAGCCUGGACAGCACCAGCUUCCUGCACCUGGACGGCCUGCAGAGGUUAAACCUGACCAGCAACACCAUCGCCACCAUCCAGGUGAGGUCGUUCGCCUCCAUGAGCAGCCUGCGGCAGCUCCACCUGGAGGACAACCGGCUGACGUCCCUGCGGAGCGGCAUCUUCUCCAUGCUGCGCUCCGUGGAGGUCCUCAACCUGGCCGGGAACCAGAUCAGCGAGAUGGAGAUGUCCGUCUUCAAGCCGCUCACCAGCAUGACCCUGCUGGACCUCGCCGCCAACCAGCUCUCCACCAUGUCCUUCAAGACGUUCCAGAGCAUCCAUACCUACAGCACCCACAUCCUGCUGGAGGGGAACCCCUGGAACUGCGACUGCGACCUGCAGAGACUUUUCCGGAAGCUGCGCAGCAUCCAGAAGCUCUUCCUGGACGACUACUACAACCUGACCUGCACGGCGCCGCCCGUCCUCCGGGACUACCGGCUGAAGGACGUGGACACGGAGCUGUGCAUCGCAGAGACCGUCACCGUGCUCAUCAUCACCAUCACCGUGGUGAUCACCGUGCUGGCCGCCAUGCUGAUGGGCGAGAGGAAGAGGAAGAAGAAGAAGAAGGGGAAGCACUGGACGCAGCAGGGGGAGCUUUCAGACGAGUCGGACUACUGAAACACGUCCUCUCUUGUUCGCACAGUCGGUGCUUAAAUCCCUCGGGAACAUCUGCGUGCCUGGAAAGAGAUUUUUGGAUCCUGCGGUUCAUUUUGUCAGAUUUCCCAUCUGCUUCGCCACAAAAAAAG